AAAUUCGGCCCAGUUGGGAGUUGCCCACCCAGUUCCGAACUUCGAACACGACGUUCUCCCUCACCCCACCCUCCAGGCUCCGAGCUCCAAAACCCUAGCUAUGCAGAAACAGACGGGCAAGUCCGGCGGGACCGGUGGGGGCACGCCGGCGAAGCGCGGCCGCCCGUUUGGGAGCACCACCGGCGGAGGGGCCGCUGCUGCUGCCGCGGCGGCGGCGGUCGUUGACCCGGGUGCACCCGCCGCUCUGGUCGGGCCGUCCCUCCAAGUCCUAUCAGCCCUGUCAGAUCAGAACAACAAAAGAAUUGUCCUUGCAUUGCAAAGUGGGUUGAAGUCAGAGAUACUGUGGGCACUGAAUGCCCUUACAGUACUCUCAUUUAAGGAGAAGGAUGACCUCCGACGUGAUGCAACACCUCUUGCUAAAGUUCCUGGGCUCCUAGAUGCUCUUCUUCAAGUUAUUGAUGAAUGGAGCGAUAUUUCAAUGCCUAAGGACCAUACGAAACCACCCAGACUAAGAACUUUGGGUGCCAACACAACACUCUCGGGCUUUGGCCAGGAGAAUAUGGAAAAAGUAUACUCUGACACUGCCACUACCUCUAAUGACCAAUCCAAGGCGGAAGAUUCCAGUGUCACAAAGAAGCGCGCUGCAAGCUUUUGGUUUGAUGAGGAUGGGUUGUUUAACAACGAUGAUGAAGGGAGGGCGGAAAGGCAGCAGUGUGCUAUUGCAGCCUCCAAUAUAAUCCGCAAUUUCUCUUUUAUGCCAGAAAAUGAGAUUAUCAUGGUUCAACAUAGGCAUUGCUUGGAAACUAUAUUUCAUUGCUUAGAAAACCAGAAUAGAGAAGAUGAUGAGCUCAUAACAAACAUGCUGGAGACCCUUGUCAAUUUAGCACCUGUGCUGGACCUGAGGAUCUUCAGCUCAUCGAAGCCUUCGUUCAUUAAAAUGACCGAGAAAGGUGCAAUUCAUGCCAUAAUGGGUAUGCUUUCUUCUUCCGUAAAGCCAUGGCACUGUGCUGCUGCUGAAUUGAUUGGCCGUCUGAUAAUAAAUCCAGACAACGAGCCAUUUCUUCUUCCUAUCAUUCCACAAAUAUACAAACGACUCGUUGACCUAUUGAGUGUACCAGCAUAUGAUGCACAGGCUGCUGCUGUUAGUGCACUCUACAAUGUAGCCGAAGUGAAUAUGGAUUGCAGGCUCAAGCUUGCCAGUGAGCGAUGGGCUGUCGAUAGACUCCUAAAGAUUGUGAAAACGCCGCACCCUGUGCCUGAGGUCUGCAGGAAGACGUCGAUGAUACUGGAGAGCCUCGUCUCUGAGCCGCAGAACAGGAUGCAUCUCCUCGUACACGAGAACACUUUUGCUGAGAUCCUGACAUCAGAAGGGAAAUACUCGGACACAUUUGCUCGGAUCGUGUAUGAACUGACAGCAAGGCCAAGCAACAAAGUGACCUCAGGACACGCCAUCUGGGGAAACAUAAACUGAUGCGACGCGAUGGCCUGUAAUGUGUUGUUGGGAUCUAGACUAGAUGAGAUUUAUUUAAUGUAGGUGCUUCGUUGAUCAUGUAUUAUGUUAUGUAAUAGACGCUUUGCUGUAUCGAGAUGCAGGCUUGCAGCUUGGCAACCUGGCCGAAUUUGGGCAGUUUCUUUCAUGCUUCUUUUAUCAGUUUGUUGGUGGAAAGUAGCGUGUAGCAGCUAUGUAUUUGUUGGAAUCAGAUGCCUCAGGCUGGUUUAGCCGCGUUCAUAAUAGAUUAUUAAAACCGCUGA